AUGGCAAGUAGUGAAGUCGGAGUUUCUUCAACGUUACGCCAAAGAGAGACAUUGUCACAUGAGAAGUGCAGCUUCCAACGCCAUAAAGUAACUGUUUUCGGCAUCUUCAAGGGUACGGAUCUAUUUUUCCUCCAAGGAACUCAUGAGACGACAACAUUUGAUUCUUCCACAUCACAACACGAAAUGACAUUCCAGCACAAUGUCAAACUCAAAAUUGAACAACGGUCGAAGCCGAAGUUAACGGCGGAUCAUCGGUCACUGAGCGGUCACUUAUCGGCCAUGAGAUAUCACAAGGCUGACCAAUUGUAUAAAUUCCCAUUUUAG